AUCGCACGUGCUCUUCCGCUUCCCGAGCUCCAUUAGAGAAAGAACAAGAGAGGGAAGAGAGAAAGAGAAAGAGGAGGAAAGGCGAGACGAGUAAUGCGAGAGAGGUGUUGUAAGUAUACAUUUCCUCUGUGUCUGAGAAAUUCGAGCCCCGAGGACUGUAAGUUUUCGCGAAGACUGUAAUAAGAGUUACGCCGCCGAUGAACCCACGGCCGUUCCAUCCGUGUCGUUAGCGUCUCCCGAAAGAGAAAACAGCUGUGGAUGUAACUUAGUGUUAAAGUGUCAUUGUGUCUGCUCGCUGUAAUACGUGACGUGACGAUACUGCCAGUCCUUUGGUUAAUAAAAUGCUGAGAAAAAUGCCUGCUGCUGCAAUCCGACAUCAUCGACGAUAUCUUUGCGACGGCAGGUCUCGGCGUAUCACGGGAGAAGAGAGGAGAGAAGAAGACAAGGAGGACGACGUCUUGUUUUGCGGCGAAUCGCGAAUUUCGCUCGCGAGGCCUCCGACGAUCCGUGCAGCUCGUCGAUGCGCGGAUUUACGGGCCCGACGGGCUUGCUGAUUUACACGUCUCCGCGGUUUGAUUGAUGAAGGAAGCAUGAUCAAUCUCCUUCUCGUUUCUCCGAGCAAAACACGGUGGCGCCCCCGGAAAGGAACGAAGACACGGCCACGUGUUCCGCGAUAAGCGUUCUUCUUCGAAACAGUCCUUCCGUCUAUCUUCAGAAGUUUCAUUCCUACUUUAGUCACUUUAAUUAUUUUAACUCCUAUUUUAAUCACAGAUUCGCGCUAGAUCGGCGUUGGGAAAUUGGCGGGCACGUGCGGGCAGAUUCUCUGGAUUCUGUUUUUCAAGGGAAGAUCGACUUGGACCGACUGCGUCCCAACGUCGACGGUUCCGCUGCGCUCUGUUUGCACGGGAGCUGUAGCAUGCUGUAUACACACACACACACACACACACACACACACACAAGUUAUACACAAAGUAAAAAUCAAUCGCGUGCGCAGAUUUGCCGCGGCCGCUUCCGCAUUAAUCACCGCUCGGAUCGUCGCUCUCACGGCCGCUUCCGGCCACGGCCGGAUAGAAUUAGACAUUAACACGCGUCAUCGCUCAUCGAUCGCGCGCGCACGUGUGUAAUUUUUCUCAGGGGGUUCUUUCUUGUUUCUCCCUCCUUUCCUGCUCUCCCUUCAGCUCCCCUUCCGAGCCGAUAUUCAUCGUAAAUCUAUCAUCGCCCGUCCGUUCAUCCAUCCACCCAUCUAUCGUUCGGCUCGGCUAAUAAAUAUCCGCGUCGAACGCAUGCGCUUUGCAAAUCGAUUAUUUCGCCGGCUACCAGAUAUCGCCGGUCUUUCUCUUUCUCUUCGGUCGUGUGGCAGUUUGCCAUGCGACCGAGCAAAACAGUCCGGCGCCGCCGGUCCUGGUAACCCCGGAGAGUGCGUGGCAACCACGAACACACGUGAACCUGGACGAUCCUGCGGCGCUGUUCGGGGCUGCGACAAAAGAUGCACCACCUGGAAGGUGUGCUCGAUCCUGUUGUUCGGGCUUGCCGACUCGAGGAUACGUAACAUCGCAACGAAGCGCCACGCUGCAUUAAUGUGAAAGGAAGAAGAGGCGAAGCUGACCGUUGAGCGUUGUUUAUACUUGUGAUAUACAAGGUCUCUUUCCGAUGUCGCGUGGAGAAACGUCGUCGUUGCGAUCCGUCCAUGUCGACUAAACCGACCACUUGCAAGGAAGCUGUUCGACGAUGGGAGGAGGAGAAUGAGCAGGAAGCAGCCAAGGCGACGGAGGUGAUCCUGAGCUUCCAAUGGCCGCCGGUCGAAAAGAUGGACAAUGCGUUGGCCACGUUGGCGAACUGCGAGAAGCUGUCUUUGUCGACGAACAUGAUCGAGAAAAUCGCAGGUAUCGGGUCUCUGAAAAAUUUGAAGAUCCUGUCACUAGGUCGAAAUUUAAUCAAGGGCUUCACCGGGCUCGAGCCACUGGGUGACACUCUCGAGGAACUCUGGAUCUCCUACAAUUGCAUCGAGAAGCUGAAGGGCGUCCAGGCAAUGAGGAAUCUCCGCGUGCUGUACAUGUCGAACAACCUGGUGCGGGAGUGGAACGAAUUAAUGAGGCUGCAGGAGCUGCCGAAUAUCAGGGAUCUGCUAUUCGUCGGUAACCCGCUCUACGAGAAUCUCGAGGUGGAGCAAUGGAGGAGCGAGGUCGCGCGACGUUUGCCGGCUUUAGAGAAGCUCGAUGGUGAGCCCAUCAUACGGACGGAGGAGAAUCCAGUCGCCAUGCAAAUGUCCAAGAUCAACAAUCCGUCGCACGAUUCGCUCGAACAAGAACACGGCUGACCGACAGCGCGCGUAUCUUACAUAUCUCAGCAUUAUAAUUCUUAUACGUCAAGUUUCCCUGUACUCUCGUCGUAGAGACAUUCUGAAUUCCCCCCGACGGAAGAAACAUCGAUCAAGAUUUCUCUGUAAGAAAAUUGAAGAUAGUUACUUCAACCGCUCGGUUCAAUAAAUACCUGAAUUAGGUGGGUGCCUGGAAUUGACAGAAGCGCCUCAAUCUUUUGCGUCUAAUUGAUUUUCUAGCCGUGACACAUUUGCAUCUCAUAAGAAAUUCGCGUUUCUCAAUAUGCUCAUCUUCUCGAGAAAACUCGUUACAUAAUAUAAAUAAGUCAUCGAAUAGAGUGAAAUUAUAAUAUUUUUGGUCAACAUAUUGCAUUAUAUUGUUACAUCGCAAUUUAACGAGCACAAGGCUUGACGAUGAAUGUUAGCACUGUUACCGGAUAAUAGAAGAAACAUCUUCAUUGACACGAUUAACUUUCCUUCAUCGACAGUCCAUUGUUAUUCUCCGUAUAUUGUUCAACUUCAUCAACUGACUUGCGUUUCUCCACGCAACGAUACGCCGGCGGCGGCCGGUUGGGCUUAAAGUUGGUAAAGACCGUUCGAUAGUACAUUUAUAUUAAUUUAUUCGUCUCACGAUACAAGAUAGAUCGUACAUACGUUUUGAUGGUUGAAAAAGGUUGAAAAAGCAAAUACAGUAGAGUUCGAUUGGAUUCGAUGCACGAGA